CAUCAGUAGUGUCAUUCAUGCUCAGAGUCAAACACAGGAUCAACCUGAGUUGUUUUGGUUUCAGCCACUCCCCUGUUGUAUUCAGUGCUGAUGCUUUCCUUCCUGUAUCCUCCUAUUUCAUGAUUUCCCGUACUCAAGAACGUUCCGGAAACUCAUAAAUUUUAUACUCUACGGAUUUAUCUCAAAACAGUGUGAUGGAAAACCAUGUGUGCGUAUUGUGUUCAGAUACAUUGUGUCCCAGAAGCUCCAAAGUUUAAGCAUCAUUUCCAUAACAAGGUCACCUCCCUUGACCCCCAGCAAGAGAGACUCUCAAGUAUUUAGACUCUGAUCCUGAUUUUGAAGUCGGGUGUUUCGCCCCGUCCUCCAUGAUCGGAACAUUGGAGCCUUCGCCCUGGGAACAUUUGCCCAGCCUUGAACCUCACCGUAGGGGAGUUGUGGCUAGACUUUGGCAUCUGGUUGCUCUGCCGUUAUUGUAGGUUAUCAACCCAUUGACAAUUGUGUAUUGUGAGCGUCAGGGGAGUUAGGCACCUGGGAGUGUAGUGCAUUGCAACCCUGGAACUGCUUGCUUGUGUAGUGCUACUGCUAGUCAUCACGUGAGGUAUUAUUGUACAGUGUACCAAAGGCUUCUCCCGUGUUAGUAAUACAGCGGUCUGUCAGUGUUGGAUCGUUAAUGUGUGCGUAGUACAGUGUUUAGGCUGAAGUCAAAAGUGUGUAUUCGUCAAGUGCACUUCAUGUGUAGUCGUUAUUAGUGAGUUGCUUGUAAUGCAAACCCUGUCGUCUGCAAUCAGCCUGUUGAUGCUCCGGUCCAUCAGCUCAACUCUAAAUGUUGCCCUGUCUUAAACCACAGAUUCAUGACCAGUUCCUCACUAUACACACACACAUGAAUCUGGAUUCGCACCCAUUACACACGCUUUACCCCUUACACUUACACACACAUAGCACCAUCAAGAACAGCACACAUUUCUAGCUAACGCUGGAGUCUAAACUGAACACAAACCCCUGGCAAUGUUAAUUGUGUUUGGGCCAGCUGUGUAAAUGUACACACCUAUAGCAGAAUGCCUCAAAUGGUGUGACUACAUUAUAUUCCCCCCUCGCUUGACGACACCAACUAAAGAGAAUAGCCGUCCCCGGGCACGUGCUCUUGCCACGGCUGUGACUACACAUAGCUGUUGUGGCCGACCCCUGUGUUGAUGUUAUAGGAUAUGGUGAAGGUAGCUAAACAGUGCAAAAUGGGAGCAGGUAACAGCACGAUUUGUGAUAAGUUUCGUAAUACUAAGGCUGGCACAGAAGGCCAGGACCAUGCAGGCCAAAAUAAUCAACAUCCAAGAAUGGAAAGUCCGGAUAUUUCACAAGGAGAAAUAAGCAUCGGCCUUCCCCAUCAACAAACCUCCAGUAUUGCCAAGUUUGAAUCCAAGAAUGGCGGGGCUCCGUCCGUGGUCAUGGAGGAAAAUGAAUCCGAACCAUUCACCUUUCCAAUGGACAUGUCAUUCGAUAAGGAGACACUGGGUCUGGUUCCUGACGGAACAGUAGACUCCGGGCGGGGCUCGACAAUAAUGGACUCAAUGGGGCCUAUUGUAAACUCCCGGAUUGUGAUUGUCGCGGGGAGUGGCGAUGACGUCGAGGAGGAAGAGAUAGUGACAUUACCAACCGAGCCCAUCGCCCACCCGCACCUUUUACUCGUUGAUCAAUACGGGCGUCGAAGAUCACACUCAUUCAACGAGAACAUGUUAAGUAGAGAAAGGACUCCAGUGACUAUAAACGGAGUCCUUAGUGCCUUGGAGGAUGAUCUCCCUCCUAUUGAGAUUUCUGCCUCGCCCCGUAGUGGGGGGCGACUAGGCGGCGAUGGGUACCGCCCGGUGUCGCAGAGUAUGGGUGAGAGGAGGGACGUACCUAAACCCCGCCCGGUCUCCGCCCGCCUGGAUGUGCCGUUGCAAAGACGCAUCUUUCCGUCGUUGUCCUGUUCCCCCUAUGCAUCACCGAUUGGAUCACCUAUUGGGUCACCUAGGUUACGGAGACCCCCCACGAAGGAGUCGUCCAGUAUAUCAAUAUCGGCCGAACAGGAUUACGUUCAUUUAAAUCAGUAUCAUCUAUCAGACGAGAUCGGAAAAGGCUCCUACGGAGUGGUCAAACUAGCCUACAAUGAAGAAGAUGACGUUCACUAUGCAAUGAAGAUUCUGUCAAAGAAGAAACUUAUACGAAGGGGAGGAUUUGCAAAGAGACCUCCUCCAAGGGGAGGGAAACCAGGGCAGGGCCCCAAGACUCCCCUAGAUAGAGUCUACCAAGAGAUUGCCAUCCUUAAGAAACUGGACCACCCAAACAUCGUCAAACUCGUUGAGGUUCUGAAUGACCCGGCAGAAGAUAACCUUUACAUGGUGUUUGAACUUGUAGAAAAAGGUGCCGUAAUGGAAGUGCCUACUGAUUGUGCAUUGAAUGAAGAGCUAGCCUGGACUUACUUCCGAGACAUCAUUCUUGGCAUUGAAUACUUGCACUACCAGAAGAUUGUUCAUCGUGAUAUUAAACCAUCUAAUCUACUUCUUGGUGAAGACAAUCAUGUCAAGAUUGCAGAUUUUGGUGUGAGUGACCGGUUUGAAGGGAUAGACGCCCUUCUGUCUGAUACAGUUGGCACGCCAGCAUUCAUGGCUCCUGAGACACUACAUGAGGAUUCUAAUAAAUAUGGCGGCCGGGCUUUAGACGUCUGGGCAAUCGGGAUAACACUCUACUGUUUCAUGUUUGGACAGGUACCAUUCCAAGAUGAUUUUAUACUGGGUCUUCAUAGCAAGAUCAGGAAUCUACCGCUGCCUUUCCCAGAAAAUAAACCGAUUCCAGAUGGCAUAAAAGAUCUCAUUUUAAAAAUGCUGGAGAAGGAUCCAGAUAAGAGAAUUAAACUUCCUGAAAUAAAGGUACACCCAUGGGUGACCAGAGAUGGAGAGGAGCCUCUACUGACAGAGGAGGAGAACUGCACCCUGGUUGAAGUAUCCCAGGAUGAAGUGGAUACAUGUGUCACAUUUCUGCCUAAGCUUAGGACACUUAUAUUAGUCAAAAAUAUGUUGAAGACCAAGUCUUUCGCCAACCCCUACAAGAGUAGAUCGAGACACAACAGCGCAAAAACAGGGCGAGUCUUAUUGGAGCCAAUCGACAGCCAAGUUAAGGCAUCUAGCUUAUCAAGGCAUUCAUCGAACGAUCUACCAUGAUUGUCAUGGGAGGUUGGAGAUUCACCAAUGAUCUGAAUGCCACUGUAGAAGGGAGCUCAUUAGUUCCAUUCUCUUUGGUUUCUGUAAAAUGAGCUAUGCAGGCCUUGCAGCUGAACUGCGUCUGGAGUGUGCAUUGACUUUAGCCUAGCCAUGUGUUUUUUCAAGCAAUUGAUGCUGAUGUGCAAACUUGACACUAGUUUUGCAAAGAUGCAUCUCAGGUUGAAAGAGCGCCCUCUUGGGGGACUUCCUGGUGUAAUUAAUGUUGAUCAACAAUAAACGUUUUGCAGGUGCAUCGGAUAAAACUUGGCUAGUGACUUUGCAUAGUAAAGACCAGUAUCAUGCUGUGGUCUCUUGUAUCAUGAACCCUGCAUACAACAAUAGCAGUUCUAUUCUCACACCGUGAAAGGAACCAGACUAUCUUUUCCUUCAAGCCUCGGUUUGGUUACAUUGAGUCAAACAGAAGAAAAGCAAGAUGGCCGUACCAUGAUAAAGGUCAAGUGGUGAGAUUUAAACUGCAUCAUCAGCUUGUUGCGCCAUUAGCAGUUUGGUUACAGUAAAGGAUUGUAACCUUUUUUUCCCCAGUAAUGAUUCUGUUUUAUAGAAUCGCUUAUUCAUACCCUGACCAAAUUAUGUCACCGGUACCCAGUGCUGCUCAGAUGUAAUCAGGUACUUUGAACUUAAUUAAAUAAUUAUGGGAAAGCUCCAUUAAAGAAAGAGGCUAAAGUGAAACAUCCUUUUCAUCUGACGACUUACACCUGUUAUCUCCAUGCUGAUUCAGAUCAUGCACAAACCAGUUGGGCUGCUGAGUGCCCAGGCAGAUUCACUGCUCAUACAUUAAGUUUAAUGACCAAAGUAAUUCAAUGUCAGCACACCCACUCUUUGAAAAGGAUGUAUACUUUCCGAGUUAUUGUGGCCAAUCUCAAAAGUUCUUUAAAGGAGCUUUCCAGCAAUGUAACUCCUGACAUCAAGUACAUGUACAUGUAUCAUACAGUGGAUGAAUGUACGUUCCUACAAGCCUUACAUUUUAAGCUUUUUGUUUACACCUAUUAAUCUUGUCUGGGUCCUGUCUAUUCAGAACAUAAAAAUCAAAUUUCUGUUUGACCAAAAUCACCCAACCAUAGUAGACUUGACCAAUUACAAAAGAAAUCAGUGGGAGGAACAGCUGACGAAUGGACAGCUCAUGUAAAAGGCAUGUUGCAUCAUAAUGCCGUUUUAAAAUGAUAUUAUGGUGUUCCACCAUGGGCCAUUACGCCCCACCCAAUUAAGUGCCUGUUCCUUUUUUGAUGGGAAGAUGUAUAUCAGUUACAUUUUGUAAUUAAUGGAGAUGUUACAUGUAGUAUACGUAGAAAAAGAAUUAGAGUGUGGAAGGUAACAAAAUAAAUCUUUAGAUGUGACAUUCCUUUUUUGUUGUUGCUGUAAAUGAAGAACAGAAACACUGCGAUACCAAAUAUGAAUUUGAUUUUCCUUGCAAUCUUAAAAGAUAUUGAAUUUUAAAAGUAUUUCAUUUUGUUACUUGAUGUUUAUGAGUGCGGAUCGCUCAUUUUUAUACACAAGAAGAUAAUGCUUUCUCUGGGGGAUUUCUACUAACAAUAUUUUCUUUUGAUCAAACUGUUGAGGUCUUUGUACAGAUUUUGAUACUAAACUUGAACUCUCAAUGUUUUGGGUCCAGAAUUUACAGAGAACAAAUUAAAGUUUUGAACUUACUGAGAUAUUUUCUCGGUGGGUACUCUUUUAAACCAACAUGAAUGGUCUUAAACAUUCCUUAAAAUACUUGCAUUUCCUUGGAUGUAUGAGUUUCUGGUUAAAGCAAUGUACAUCAGACAUCAAGUUGGAAAACUUAUUUGCAUACGUAUGUCAGGAUCAUAAGGCCAUUUGUAAUUAACAUGAUUUCAUAAAUUUGCUUUUACACAGUUUGGAGCUUUUUGAGCUUAAUGAAGUUUAUUGAUCAAGAGUGGUCUUAAGAGUAUUUGUUACGCAAAAGGAAACAUCAAUUUUCAUUUUCAUUUAUUGACCUUUAUGAGUAUGAAAUUGCAAGUAAGACCUUCUAGCACAGAGGCGGCGAUAUGUUGUAGCAAUAUGGAGGUUUGUGGUCCUAGAAAGGAGUAGCAAGUGCUACUUUUAGCUUGUUGAAAUUGCACUCAGUGCAUUGUUCAGUUUUACUUAAAAUAAAUAUGAAAAGGUGUUUUCUGCGAAAGAUCUUUGGACACUGAAAGUAACAUGAUUUGCCAUGGAAUUGACCAUCAGAAAGAUAAGGUGGAAAUUAAAGUACAUGUACAACCUACGUUAAAGGCACUGGAAACGAUUGGUAAUUAAUCAAGAUAAUCGUUAGCGUAAAA